AUUAAAAAUGUUUUUUAAUAAUUUGUAAAUAAUUUUAACUAAAAUGAUUGAAAUUGUUUUAAUUUUAUUUACUCUCUGCCUCUAAAGAUCUGACUGGUUAUUGUGUGCUGUAUGUGGAAACUUCUCAUUGUCUCAUUGAUAACAUUAGAUCUUGUUGUUUCGCGAAAUAAUAAAAUCAUUCAAAUAUUUGUAAAAAAUAUAAGAGUAUCAUAAUUCUCUUGCAAACCCAUUUCGACGAAAUAUUUUUAAACUCAAAACGACGAACUUAAUCAAUACCACAAUAAAUCGUUGCGUCUUCGUAUCGUAAACUAAAUACUAGUUUCUAGCUUUGAAUAGUUGAAAAUGGUUGGAAUGUUACACUUUUUUGAUCAAAACAGGGCGUAUUAAGCAUAAAAUAAAUAAAACUGACUUGGUAAGCGCAGAACUUCAAAUUCAUAAACAAAUAGAAAUUCUUGGUUCUUAAGUAAGCGACUUAAAUAAUGUAAAAUAUCUUGAGGAAUUAGUUUAAGCAAACCGAACUAGCACAUGCACUAUCAUUUUUGCCCUAUCAUUCUUAUACUUUUAUAGCAUCUUUAGAUAAAUAUUUGAUUUUUCUGACUUAUCUAGGUAAAUAUCGUGUAAGACAAAGAAUGACUGUAAUAUGGCUAUUGAUAACCCCCAUAUAAGUUUAUGUCCGGCUUUAGGUCUUCAGUACGCCAAAAAAUAUUGGAUUGAUUACACUAUAAUUCUUCAAAUUGUACAUAACUGAAGCAAAUGAGUUCCAUACCAAAAAUCCGAAACAUUGAAGGUCUGCUAAAGAAUCAAUUAGCGCCGAAUGAACAUGUUGUGGACACAAAAAUAACGCGACUCACAGUACCCGGGGAAAAUUUUGGAUCUGAAAUGAUGAGUCUGGUGAUUGAAAUUCGAGACGAUUCUGCGAAAACGGAACGAACUUUGUAUGCUGCCGCUAAAUUGAUUCCGGAAAAGGAAGAAGUUCGGGAACUUUUCGAUACUCAGGUAACAUACAAAUCAGAGUUUCAAUUUUACAAUUCUGUAGGACCCACAUUGGAUAAAUUUUUGAAAAAGAAUGGAUUUCCAGAAGGAGCCGAUUUUAUAGCUCCUUUAUAUGGUGGAAGACUUAACUUGGAUGGAAGCGAUCGUGUAGAUGAAGAUGCUGUUAUUUUAAUGGCAAACCUGAAAGUUUUAGGUUAUUCUACAGGUGACAAGUUUAAGGGUUUAGAUAUUUCUAGAGCUCAGGUGGCUUUAAGGGCCUUAGCCAAGUUUCAUGCCGCUGGUAUUGGUUACAGGCAUCAAAAUCCUGAGAGUUUUGAAGAAAAUUUUAGGCCCUACUUUUAUUAUUUUAUCGGCGAUCACUUGCAUGAAGUGGUUUUUGACAAUUUACUUCCCGUCCUGAAAAGUGGGGGAUUUAGUGCCAAAGAAAUGGAAACAGUUACUUCAGUUUAUCAAGGCAUUGCGAAAAAGAAAGACGUUAGCGAAAUUUGGGGCACGCUUAUUCAUUAUGAUACUUGGCUGAAUAACAUUCUGAUCAAACAUGAAGGAUCUGAGCCUAAACAGGCGGUUCUAGUCGACUACCAAGUAUUCGAAUAUGGCACGCCCCUUAAUGAUGUAAUGCUCUUCCUCUUUACCAGCAUUCAACUAGAUGUCCUCAAAAAGGAGAUUGAUAAUCUGCUGGAUUAUUAUUUCAACAGCCUUGUGGAAAAUCUCGGAAAACUCGGCCUGGAUAUUUCAAAAUUCUCCAGAGAUAGUUUCAAUGAGGAAGUGGCAGUAGCGGUUAAAAAGUACGAAUACCACCACACCAUGUGGAUGUUGGUACCUAUUUUGAGCAGAGAUUUGGAAUCGGAAACAGCUGUUAAACCUGGAACCAUUCUGCACUGGUCCGACGAGCACAAAGACCGAAUUAAAUUAAUUACGCGAUUGUGCUUGAAAAAAGGAUGGUUUUAAGUAAUCAACUUUCUAGCGAAAUUCUGUAGUAUAUUUUGUGUUAAUAUACUGCGCUGCUGAGUUUUAA